AUGGCGCGAAAAGUGUGGUUCCAUCUGGCAGACGCAACAACUCGUGGCGCGUACGCGGGUACCCAGGCAGCAUCCGUGUCAUCCGACGGUGUCAGUGAUAUAGAGGACCUGCGCAAGGCGAUUCGACAGAAGUAUCGUCAUGAUCAUCCGGAUAUCCUAGAGGGUAUCAUAGCGGAUCAACUGCGAGUCUACGCCAACGGAGCAGUGUAUGAGGACAAGGAUGGAGAGCCUCUGGAAGUCGACUCUCUGAUCGGCGCGCUUGGUGCAUCGAAGAAGGAUGCACUCAUCGUGGUAGUGCCGCCGCCGGCGCAGCGAGGUGGCGCAACUGUGGAAUCGCCAGAGGCGCAGUGGGAGAAGUUGUUGGAUUCGCUGGAGUGGAAGAAGCCGAGGCGUCUUUGCGCAAGCUCUGGACAAGAUUGGCCGUAUCAAGGGGAAUCAGAGCUUGCGGGUCAUCUUGUGGAGCCGCUUGCACUGCAUUAUACUGCCUGGUAUCUCCAGAACGAGGACAAGCAGAAUCACGCCAUCAACCUAGUGCUGAGUGGACCAGGCACGGGAAAGUCGCGCAUGCUGGAUCAAAUGAAGGGCUUGAUGUGUGCAGCUGCUGCCCUCUCGAACAACCGAAAGCUCAAAGAGAGAAUGGAGAACGCAUUUGUGUUUAGUGUGACGUUCGAAAACGGCACUUCGGCGACUGGAUCAUUACUUGAUCGUGACAAUCCUGAGUUCGACAUCAGCUACCGAAUGCUCUACCAACUCUCGAAAGACAAAAAAGCGUGGCCGGUGUUUGUUGACAAGCUGCGCAUGAUGUGCUCAUCACUUCCUUUGCGUAUUCAGAUCGUGAUUGACAUUUUGGCCAAACUGAAAGGGAUUGACGAUGUGAAGAAAAUGACGGUGAUUUUGUGUGUCGAUGGCCUCCAGAAGCUGGUCAAUGAUGGUACCAAAAGCUGCGACUUCUACCGCGUGUUGGCUUCAGUCUGCAGCUUCUUGAAUUCGUCCAGAGCGUUUGCUGUUUGUGUUUGUUCGGCAACCGUUCAAAGUCCCGUCGAUAAGGCACUUUCGGACUCUCCUCAGAAGCGCGUGUUUCUAGUCCCACCUCCAUUACGUGGCCACGAAGUCCUGCCAACGAAGACAAGGAUCGAGAAGCAGUUGGUAGACGACAUGGGUGGGCAUGGACGAGCUCUGGAAACACUACAACUCUUUCUGAGCCACUACACGAAAGACCAAUUGGAGGAAAUGGACCCAACAUGGAUGUUUGAGAAAGUGUGCGAUGCGUUGCGACUCCAAUAUGGUGAUAUCUUUGCGUCUCCGUUUUUCCAAGAUCCGUACAAUUGCCGAGAAGUGCUCGCCGCAAUCCUCUCUCGUCGUCGUUAUAAGCUGUUUGAUCGUAUUGGGCGCACGGACAUGACCGUAGAUUGUCUUCGAAGCUUCGGAUUGUUCCGAUGGGGCGCGGAAGGCCAUUUGGAAUGCGCUUUCAUUCUUCUUGUGCUGCUGAUGCAGAAACUCCCGAAGAAGCUCGGAGGAGUAGAUAAUUUCGACGACCAUCUCACGCGUACGGUUUUGGUAUGGCAGCGAUUUGAACAAUUCGUGGCGUUUUACCGUCGAGUGAAAUCGAUCGCCUACUGCGAGACUCCGGUCGCACUGUCCAGUUUCCACGCUGGCGCUCGUUUUGGUGCUAUCCAAGACAUUAUUAUAACAGAGCCGACUUCACGCACUGUCGUGGAAGCACUGCGCCAAGAAGAUACAAAAUCCAGUUCCGAUGAUUCGACUGCUUCAGCUGGCGACUUAUUUAUGCGAGUUCAAUUGAAGGUCGGUCGUCAAAACGUCCAAUGCAACGAAGUGAUUCAAUGCAAGCUGCUUCAAACCAAACAGAAGAUAGACGAAGACGCGUAUGCCAAAGAACGAGCUAAAGCGGCAAACGAAAGCUCGGAUGUAUUUUUGCUCGUUACGCCAGCACAAGCGACAGAGUUUGAUCUUCCUCCACGAUGUGGACUUGUUUCAGCAAACGAUUUUGGCCGAUAUUUUGGACCGUUUACAAGUCGCGCGUAUCGGAGUUUUCUGGAGCCACCAAAUAUCAACACAGCUUCAUUCCAUGAGUUACGUCGACUCGAGGGCGUGGGUGACGCAACUGCCGCGAAGAUUAUCGCUGAGAGAACGAUACGCCGAUUCUCGAAUCUCGAAGAUGCAUUGAAUCGACUGGUUCCAAGCAAGAAAGGCAAGACCGCCAUGAUUCUGAGCCGCAUGCAUUACGAUGACGAUGAGGCUGAUCUGUAA